ACUUUAGAAAACUCCUUCAAAAGUUAUUAUUUAAUUAUUUUUUUUAUUGAAAACUCGAUAGUAUUUAGACGAUUACAUAUUAUUUUGUUUGGAUUUUAACUUUUUCAGUAUGAACUUAGCAAUUUUAACCAGAGCUGGUAAUACAGUUUUGCGGUCAUCUACUCGGGUACCACAUAGAUUAGCAUCGCAAAUCAAUUAUAUAAACGUAAACCGAGAUAAUGAAUUUGAAAAUAUAAGUUGGGGAGCUAUGACAGAUCAAGCUAUUUCCUAUGCAUUUGUUACUGAAUUAUGUAGAGGUGCUGCUGUAUCAUUGGCUCAUUUUUUCAAGGAACCAGCCACAAUCAACUAUCCAUUUGAGAAGGGACCUUUGUCACCACGUUUCCGAGGAGAACAUGCUCUUAGACGUUACCCAUCUGGUGAAGAGAGAUGCAUUGCCUGCAAACUGUGUGAAGCUAUAUGUCCAGCCCAAGCUAUCACUAUUGAAGCAGAAGAAAGAGCUGAUGGAAGUCGCCGUACAACACGUUAUGAUAUUGAUAUGACUAAAUGUAUAUACUGUGGUUUUUGUCAAGAAGCAUGUCCCGUAGAUGCCAUUGUUGAAGGUCCAAAUUUUGAAUACUCUACUGAAACUCACGAAGAACUUUUGUACAACAAGGAAAAGUUAUUAAAUAAUGGCGAUAAAUGGGAAUCAGAAAUUGCUGCUAAUAUACAUGCUGAUCAUCUAUACCGUUAAUACUAAUAAUCAGCAUAGUAAAUAUAUGUGAUUAGUUUUUCUUCAUUAUAAAAUAAAAUGUACAAAAAUAUCAAAUAGAUAAAAAUGUUAGUUAUUGAAACCAUAUUACAGCCUAGCGAGACUUCUGUAUUUAUUUUUUUUUUAAUAAUAACUUUCACACUGUUAUUGAUUAAAUGAUACUAAAUAAUUAUUUUAAAACUAAAAUAUUAAAAUAUAGAUGUUUGCUUUGUUUAAUAGCUUUUGUUUCAAAUAUUCAAAUAAUCUAAUCUAAUAAUAUAAAUCAUAAAUAAGAGUAA